CAAUGAUCGAAUCAACGAACAAUACAAUGUCCAAACGAAAAAUCAAAACAAGUGAGCAUCCAAGCUACAUUACUGAGACCAGAUUACCUUCAUACUCUGCAAAUCACGCAAUUGAUGGGGAUUUACAAAACUCAAAGAUGAAGCUAAAACAAACUUACAAUGAAUGCCUAGAUCUUAUUAUAAAUGAAAUCAAUCGACGCUUCUCAGACAAUCAAGAGCUAGUUACUGCCAUUUCCAGAAUAAGCGAAUUCAAAACUGAUAAUAUGAAUGUUUUCAAGGAACUCGGUUUGAAAGUUCCCAGUGAAGAAGAAUUGGCAGUUGUGAAAAACUUCCUCAUCCAGCGAGAAGCACAGACUGACGAUGGAACUAGAUUAGAGGUACUUUUCAGAUUUCGUGAAGCUUUCCUUGAAACGUACGAAUUGAUGGCAGCUGUUGAGACAUUUGGGUGUAGUACAGCAACUUGCGAAUCAACUUUUUCAACAUUGACUGCAAUCAAUAGGCCACAGCGCUUGUCAAUGUCCCAUGCUCGCAUGGCUGAUCUAGUGUACUUGGCUUUCGAACGACAUCGCACAAGUGCAUUGAAUAUCGAUGUAGUUCUCCGAAAAUUUAAUGAUAGGAAAAAUCGUAAACUGGCAUUGUACCAAGUUACCUAAUAAUAUUUUCUGUAUGUUUUCUUUCGCACAUGAAAUUUAAAAAUACAAAGCAUACACGUUCAUCACUCAUUUAUUGUUUGUUUAUUUAUUUAUUUAUUAUUUUCAUCAUUUAUUGUUGUAAAUUUUACCCUGCCCGCAGGCCCGUAUCCAGAAAUUCAUUUCGGGGGGUGCCCAAGUUCCCAAAAAUUUUUUGACAAGCAAAAAAAAAAAAGGUCUCAAAGCAAUCAAGGCCCCUCGCCCCCCCCCUGGAUAUGUGCCUGCCCGUCUUACUUUACUUUGUGCCCGUACAACUAGUUAGGUCUGGCUACGGGCCUGCGGUCA